AUGGACAGCAUUGUUCUUGUACCGCACGAUCCUAAAAAUCUGCAAAAAGGAACUAUUAUUUCUAAACAAUGGAGAAUAAAGCGUAAAAUUGGCGAAGGAGGAUUCGGCGCGGUUUACAAAGUUGUCAACGUGGAAACUGAAACUUCUGCGGCAUUGAAAAUCGAAACCCAUAAUAAACGCCAAGUACUGAAAUUGGAAGCGAAGAGCGGUUUCGUUCAUCGUGAUCUGAAACCGGCCAAUAUGGCUGUCGGCCCAGUUGGUACACCGGAAUUUCGUUUUAUUCACAUCUUUGAUUUUGGGCUAGCGAGACAAUAUGUCGUGACGUCAGACAGCGGACCACCAAAAUUACGAAAACCUCGCCCACGGGUUCAUUUCAGGGGCACAUUGCGUUACUGCUCUAUCAAUUGUCAUGAGAGAGCGGAACAAGGGCGUGACGAUGAUCUCUGGUGUCUUCUGUACCUACUUGUAGAACUCAGAGGAGCGCUUCCAUGGACAAAAUCCUCGACAUUGAACUACUACCUGCGGCCUGACUAUUCGCUACUUCACAAUUUACUUAUGAAGGUCAUGGAUGCUGGGGAUUACAAGUAA